CAAUUCCUAUGUCGACGAACAAUGAUAAUAACAAGCAGGAGGAAAUAAAAGUAGUAGAUUUGCUAAAUAGUCGUGAUUGGUCUUCGACUUGUCUUGGCCCUCAAGAUUCGUGGGAGCCUUCAUUUAAAAACAUUAUGGAUCUCUGUUUCAAUUCAAAGUUUAGUACCAAAAUUUACUGCGGCCCUGACCUUAUUUACAUUUAUAAUCAAGCACAUGUGCAAUACAUGAGUAAAUCGCAACAUCCAUCUGCAUUUGGAAGACCAUUUGGUGAAAGUUAUCCUGAACAUUUUGAUCUUACUAAGGCAGCAUAUGAAAAAAUUAAAUCGACCGGAAAAGGCAUAUUUGAGAAAGAUCGACGCUUUAUACAGUAUAAUGAUAACUACAAAGAGGAAGUUUAUGUUAGUUUCGCAAAGAGCCCAAUUUUUAAAGAAGAUGGAACAUUUUGGGCUAUGUUGAAUGUGAGCGACAUUACGACUCAUAAAGUUUUAGCCAAAAGAAGAAUAAAGGCUCUUAGUGAUUUGGCAAAUCGUAUUAAUGACGCUGAUUCCUUAGAAAGUGCUUGUCAUAUCGUAAUGACAUCAAUUCGUGAAAAUGAUCAAGACAUUCCUUUUGCAUUGAUUUAUCUUAUCGAUAACAAUAAAUUAAGUUCAGGUUCUCAACCUCGUGCUGCUCGUCUAAUAUCCACUACUUUUAACCACAAGGAUGAAGAUUUAUGCGAUGAGGAUUGGAUUAUAUCCGAUAAUUUACUCGAAACACCUAAAACAAUUAACUUAAUGGAAAACCCAAAUGAAAAUUAUGAUGUAUAUAUUGAAGGAUGGGUUCGUUAG